UCUUGAAAAUCCCAUUGAAUAUGUUUGUUAAACUCCUUUGUGCACUUGAAGCCGCUAUAUAAAUGUUUGCGCUGAUUUCUUUGCAAAUGCAUUGGGCCAAGCUUAUCUAAUUUCACAGAGAGAAGACUGUUUGUGACUGCUUUUAUGUGUCAUAUUACAAACCGAUCUCAAAUCACCUUCCUCUUUGUAAGAUAGCAAUCAAACUCUAAUGCAGUGCUGCUGUAUCAUUUUCAAAUUGGAUAAUAAACACUGGUCUCAUAACAACGGAGCUCUUUUAAACUUUAUGAUUGAAUGUUUUAAACAUUGCAUUUCUCUCGUCUAUGUUGCUUUUCAUAUUUUUGAACCCCACGAUGGUUCUUGACCAUGAAUGUGUUUUUGUGUGGAGCCUGCAUGUUAGAUGGCUGUGGUUGUUAUCUCUGAGAGUGAAGAGGAUGUGGUUACUGGUUCCAUAAAGGUGGACGCUAGAGAUGUGUGUUAGACCGAGAUGUUGGGGCCGACAGAAACUGUGGUUUGGGGUCAAAAAAUGGCUGGUUAUUUAUGUUCGGCCGUAGAUCAUUUGAGAAAGGCCUGUUCACUCCCACAGCCACUUGCUAUUGAUAAAAACGGGUCUGCACCAUUUCGACGAGACAGUGUUUUGUGUGUAAAACACACUAAUAGUUACCAAUCAUCUUUUUCUUAAAAUAUUGGUUAUUGAUUAUCAUACAACGACACUUGACGGCAAUACAGUGAGGAUCACUCCAUAACAUGAACAGUCCGCAAGAACAUCAGACCGAUUUGGAGGUGAUUCUGGAAUUUCUUGCGGAGCAUUACAGACAGGAAUCUCGAAGAAAAGCCCUGUGGAACAUGAGGGACCUCUCGGUCGUGCGAACCAGUGAAGAUGUGGACAUAUCUGGAAAGAAUCUUCCUGCCGCUGAACAUUUCAGCAAUGCAUUAGAACAAGAAAAGUCCCAGCUGCAGCCUCCUGCACCUGCAGCUCCGCAGGUCAUGGGAUCUCUGGCCAAAGCAAACGGAUCUGACUCAUAUAAGGACUGCAGGAUGAAUUGCAACAGCAAUGUCAUAACUGAUCAAUCACCGGUCCUUCACAAUGCACCCGACGGGCAAGUGUUAAAUGCCCCAAAUGGACCAGAGAGACCUUUAAUUCUGAAUACAACAGCUGAAAAGCGUGCUGAAUCAUUGCCCAGCAUUACACCUGCAGAAAAAGGGAAAAAGCUACGUCUUUUCCACUUCCUGUUCGAGAUGCUGGAGGACCCGGGCAUGGCCCACUGCGUGUCCUGGGUGUCAGCUUCAGGAGGUGUCUUCCGCUUUUCUGCCAGGCACAAGGAGCGCGUGGCAGAGCUAUGGGGCCAAAGGAAGGGCAACCGAAUGCCCAUGACCUACCAGAAAAUGUCCCGUGCCCUGCGAAACUACGCUCACUCAGGGGAGAUCAUUAAAGUGAAAAAGAAACUGACUUAUCAGUUUAGUGUUGCUACCCUCUCUACUUUACAGAGCCAACAUGGUAUAAAUAAAGCAAAAUGUGGGUCGAAAUGAAAGCUCAGUGAUUGUCUCCAGUAUGUUUGGGCCAUUAUUUGUUACUCUUAUGAUAUCUUAGCUGCCUUGGUAACAGGAGGAGGGUAAAACUAGUUUCUAUUUUCUCUUGCUCGACGAAGGUGAUGAACUGUGGUGUUUUGAACAGCUGACUCUUAUGGAGAUGAUUUACUUUUAACUGUUCUUAGCAAAAAAAGUAUGU